AUGGAGGAUGUUCAUAAGCCAAGGCACAGAUAUCAUGUUGGUUAUAAGUUACCAGAGGUGUAUCAAGAUGGUCUUCUCGGUUUAGUUAAGAGAUUCCCUACUAAUAAUUCAGACGUUUUCAGAAGAGAUUAUGGGCGGAUUUUGGUUUACUUAGAGUCUUCGUUAAGCAAUUUUCAGAGGGAUGAUGUUCACACCUUGUUGCAGUUUUAUGAUCGUCCGCUGAGAUGUUUUGUGUUUCCAGAUUUCUUAUUGGCACCCACUUUGGAGGAGUACUCCGACCUUCUUGACAUUCCAGUGUCGCAUCAGGUUUCGUUCCAUGCUGGUAUGAAGGAGCCAGAAGUUGCUCAUAUCACCGCAACUUUAUUUUCUCAGGAAUCUGUUAUGAAGGAAAAUAUUCGACAUAAAGGGGGUGUUAGUGGUUAUCAUUUGGGGUUUCUUGUGCAGGAAGCAAAUGUCAAAGAUGAUAAGAAAGACUCGAAGGCCUUCAACGCCAUUCUCGCAUGUUGUAUAUAUGGUAUUAUGUUGUUCCCGAACGAGCGGAAGUUUAUGGACAUGGACGUCAUUUCUAUCUUUAUCCAGAAGAAUCCGGUGCCCACUCUUUUGGGAGACCUGUAUCACUUUGUGCAUUCUAGAAGCGAUAAAGGCAAAGGUGGAGUGAUUUUCUACUGUGCUCCGUUGUUGUAUCGAUGGUUCGCUAGUCACCUUCCUUUGUAA